GGAAUCGGCCCGGCCUACUCUUCGAAGGCCUCUCGCUCGGGUCUCAGAGUACACCACCUCUUUGACGAAAGCUUUGCAGAGAAAUUCAGAAAGUUGGUGGAAGGAAGGUUCAAGCGAUACGGCUAUUUCGAGUAUGACACCGAAGGCGAAAUCAAGCGUUACAAGGAGCUCGCCGACCGUCUUAAACCAUUCGUAGUCGAUUCAGUCUCGUACAUUCACAAGGCAAUCAAGGAGAACAAGCGAAUCCUUGUGGAGGGUGCGAAUGCGUUGAUGCUGGAUAUUGACUAUGGCACGUAUCCAUUCGUCACUUCGUCAAGCACUGCAAUUGGAGGCGUAUGUACUGGCCUUGCCAUACCGCCCAAGCAGAUUGGAAACAUCAUUGGUGUGGUCAAAGCGUACACUACUCGAGUGGGAGAUCUGGAAAAGGAAAUUGGAAACACGCUUCAGGAGGUCGGCCAUGAAUAUGGUACUACGACUGGCCGGCGUCGUAGAUGCGGUUGGCUUGAUCUAGUUGUUCUCAAGUAUUCGGCGAAUGUAAACGGAUACGACCUACUCAACCUUACCAAACUCGACGUUCUGGAUGGACUAGACGAGAUCAAGGUCGCGGUGAAGUACAAACUUGGCGAAACAGAGCUAGAAGGAUUCCCUGCCAACUUGGAACUACUGUCUCAAGUCGAGGUGGAAUACGUCACACUCCCUGGUUGGAAGUCCGAGAUUUCCAAGAUAACGACCUAUUCGGAACUGCCGGAGAACUGCAGGAAAUAUGUGGAAUUUAUUGAGAAAUAUCUUGAAGUCGACAUUAAAUGGAUUGGUGUGGGUCCAGCUCGUGACAGCAUGAUAGUGCGUUAG